AUACGUUUAUAAUAAUUGAAUUUUGUUUUCGCGAUUUGUUUCGAAAACUAUAAGUAUUGGUAUUCGGAAUGGCGUUAAUUAAUAAAGAUGAAACUUUUGACUACAAAUAUUUUUAAUUGAAAACGUCAGUAUAAGAAUAGAAUAAGAUAAGCGGUAUUGGAUUUUAUCAAGUAUUAAUCAUAUUUUCGGAUAGAGCGAUCUGAGCACUUAGUUUGCUCAAUAUUUUUUGGAUUGAAAAUGCCGUUAGGGGGAUUAACGCUUAAGAGAAACUUAAGCUAAGGCAAUUAUAUACGAGCAUUUCUUUGGGGAAUUAAAAAAAAUAUAUAAAUAAUCUCAUUAAGGAAAAGUUGGCAAGAUACCAUAAAAUAAAAGAAAUUGUGAAAGUUCAUUGAAAUUACGAGCGGAAAUAUAAAUCAUACACAUACAAGUUACACAAAUAAGUACAUAAGUGGCAAAAAUAAAAUUGUUGUUGAAUAAGCAAUACAAUAAACCAAUAAAAUAUUAGCAACCGGAACACGCGCAAAUUUUCCUAAAAGUGUUGAGAAAUUCGCAAAUCACAAUUCGCAACAGCAACGCAGUCAAGGAUAUAAAUAUAAAAAACAAAAACAACAAAAAAUAAAAAAAAAUAAAAGCAGUGCUACAAAAUACGAAGAGAGUUUCCAGCUUAGAGAGCGAACACAACCAGCAGUCAACUAGCAACCAACACUAGCAACAUGUUGCCGCAACAUCAGAUGUUAACACUGGCCAUUGCCAUGCUGUUUGUACUGGCGAGCGGCGCGGCCGGGCAACAGCUGAAGGGCAACCAAGAGGAUCCGUGCAAGGUGAAAGGACGUGUGGUUGGCGAUGAAGUCUAUUGUGACCGUUAUUGGGAGUGUGUCAGCAAUCAGCCCGAGCUUUACGAUUGCCCCAAUGGACUGGUCUUUGCCGGGAAGCACCGUGGCGUUACAGAAGGCUGUGAUUAUCCGUGGCGCGCCAACUAUUGCGAGGGCAAGCAAUUAGCGAAUGGUCCCCUAUCGACGGAACAUUGCGACUGGUUGUACGGCAUCUUCGGGCAUGAGACCUCCUGCACACGUUAUUGGACCUGCUGGAAUGGCACUGCCACGGAGCAGCUUUGCAUCGGCGGUCUGCUGUACAAUGAGAAUGCCCACAGCUGCGAUUGGCCGGAAAAUGUAGAUGGUUGUCAGAAGCAUCCUCUCUGCAAUGACGAUGCCAACGGUAAUGUCGGUAAUGUCCCACUGGGUAAAUCGUGCAACCGUUAUUGGCAAUGCCAGGGCGGUUAUCCACGCUUGCAACGCUGUCCCGCUAUGUUGGUAUUCGAUCGGCAUUCGCUGCGCUGCGUCGUACCCCCGACGGAGGAGUGCGAUAUACCAACAACGCCAACGCCACUCGACGGCGAGGGAGAGAACAACAAUGUCGGCGGCGGUCAGCUGUCCAAGGACGAACAGGAGCGAAAGCUGGCCAACGAAGGUGUGCCGCCAUUGCCGUUGCAAGGCAAGAACUUUCAACGUGCUAGAAAUUAGAAAUUCCAAUCAAAAUGCAGAGGAGAGUGGCGCCGAAGAGCUCGAGAGCUGGAGGUGAGAGAGAGGUGAGAAGUGUGUAUAAGCGGCGGUAAUAUGAGGAGUUAAGAGAUCACCGAGUUGAGAGGUGCUAUGACAACGUGGUGGAAGAUAAGGAACAACAUAACGGUGGUUUCAAAUUAAAAUGCAACGAAAGCAAAUAUGCAGUAACAAGACGUUGGUGCAACAAUAACAAUAACAAUGAAGAGGAAAUAAAUAAUAAAACGAAAAUAUAAAAAUGCAGGAAUCAUAAUGACGGUAAUAGAUAGGGAAGGAAAGAGAGAGCGUGAUGGAGAGAGGAAUAAGUAGAGAGAGAGAGUGGAAGUGUGAGGCGCAGUAACGCAGCGGCGCUUAAGUGAACAUCUUACCAAGCUAGCUAUCAUUGGUAAUGCGAGUGGUGUGAAAAUUCCAGCUAACUAAAUUUUGUGACACGGUUCAGUCAUAUUGGGUUAACGGUGUCGUGCGGCAAAGUCAAAAUGGCAUGCUCGAGUGACGCUACAAUUAGUUUGGAACACCUCAGCGUGCUCGAGACAUAUUCAGCAGAGCGUGUAAAUUCGAGUGGCUGCUAAAAUAACAAUAAUUGCGAAGUUGCCAGCAAGGAUAAGCUUAUAAGCUAACGGUAUUAGUGUCAUAUUUGUCAUACAAGCGCUGCAACAACAAUGCUAUCAUCCAAGCUGAAAGCUUGCUCAGCAGCCUGUGGCAAUUUGAAUUCAGCUUAUCCGCUCCCAACCGAUUUUUAGCCACAUUAACUGCGGUGAGAGCAACAUCAUUAGUCUCAAGCGAUGUUCCGUGCACAUUUUUAGCAACAACGAAGCUAGUUAUUAUAAAAAUGUUUGACAAAUAUGUAUCACAAAUAAAAUUGCCAAGUUAAAAUUCAACCUAACGGUAAUGUAUUUAUACUAAUUGGCUUAAUUCAUGUCGCUCUUUGGCAAACUACACACUUAAGCAGUCCGUUUUGCUACUCCGCCUCCUACUUACUCGUUUAUGGUGGAAUUCUGCAAGUCACAAAUAAAAUUUAUGUAUUCACUUUUAUGGUUUUUAAUGAAAUUGGAUUGGAUGGUUUGAAAAAUAUAUGGAAAUUUAAGAAACUAAUGUUUUUGUAUUAUAAGCUUAUAUAAAUAAUUUUAAAAAUGUAUGCUUUUGUAAAUUAAUGAAAUGAUAAAGCGUUUUCAAUAAAUAUAUUAUAAAAAAGUCAAAA